AAUCCCUCAUAGACAGGAAAUCCUUGUCCCAUUCUGGUGGGUAGGAGGCCUAGCCUGUGGACUAUCCAUCCUGGUUGCAGCCUUCCUGCCUGAUUGAAGGUUAAGGAUCAAAUCCUUAAUUUCAGUAAACUCUAGAACAAGUCCUUCCACCCCAGCUAGUUGGGGUACCUUAGGUGGAUAACACAGAAGCAUGAGGGGCAUUCAUUACAGCCAUCAGUGGCUUAACUUACUUGAGAAUGGAAACACUCUUGAUACAACAAACUGAUACAAGGCCAUGAUAAUAAGCUGAGACUGUUGGAUUCAUCUGUUCUGAAAAGGUAUAAAAGCUGCAGAUGUUGCAGCCCACAGUCAGAAGUGACUGCAGCAGUCUGCAGUUUAGCAGUAAACUAAUGUUGAGCUGUAUAACAUCAACAUGUCAUUUUCAUAUUUAACUUAAAUGUUCAGUGAGAUGGUGAGUUUUGAAUACUUUUUUAAAUAUUCCUGUUGAUAAUUUUAAUAAUGGAUUUUGCAGUGAAUCAUCAGAAGAAAACUCUGUCAUCAUUUGCAUACUGUAGUUGUUUUGUCAUUUAAAGUUAGAGUUCUGGUUAAAGUUAUGGUAAAUUCAACUCUAUCAACGUUGUCUUAUUUCAUUCUUGAAGCUUAUAUGAUUGUUGGAAGUUUGAAAUACUUAUAUUUUAUGAUAACUGCAAUGUUGUUCUUUGUAAUAAUGUUUGCUAAUACAUCUCUCAUUGUGAUUAUCUGUAUGAACAGAAGCUUACAUGAACCUAUGUACAUAUUUCUGUGCAGCCUGUUUGUAAAUGAACUGUAUGGUAGUACAGGGUUGUUUCCAUUCCUUCUGAUUCAGAUUCUCUCUGACAUUCACACUGUUCCUGCUUCAUUUUGUUACCUUCAGAUUUUCUGUUUUUAUACAUAUGCUAAUGUAGAGUUUUGUAAUUUAGCUGUAAUGUCUUAUGACAGAUAUCUCGCUAUCUGUUAUCCUCUACAAUAUAACACACGUAUGACAUUUAACAAGGUGUUUAUCUUAAUUAUUUUGGUAUGGUUGUACUCUUUUAUAAAAUUUCUGAUUACUUUAUCUCUAAACAUCCGUUUGCCACUUUGUGGAAACAUCAUAAACAGUUUGUAUUGUCAUAACUACCUCAUUGUUAAGUUAGCAUGUUCUGACACCAAAGUGAACAACAUUUAUGGACUUUUUGCCACUGUUGUCUCCAUUUUAGUCCCUCUGCUCCCAAUCCUUUUCUCUUACAUGAAAAUUCUCAAAAUCUGUUUUUCUGGUUCCAGACAGACCAGACAGAAAGCUGUCAGUACCUGCACACCUCACCUUGUGUCUCUCAUAAACUUUUCUUUUGGGUGUUUUUUUGAAAUAGUUCAGACUAGAUUUAAUAAGGACAGUAUUCCCAAGAUUGUACGAAUAAUUUUGUCGUUAUAUUUUUCAGUACUGCAACCACUUCUGAAUCCUAUCAUGUAUGGAAUGCAAAUGUCCAAAAUACGAAAUACAUGUAAAAAUCUCUGCUGUUUUAAAAUGUUUACUGGUCACAGAGAUUCAAUGUAAAGGGUCAGUCACUUGUUUAUUUGUAAGAUCUCGCCCUCAAUUAAAAAGGUUAUUUUAAAAAAGUACAGUACAGAAAAGUUCUGUUUACUGUCACUGAGUGAUGUGGAAAUAUGUUGCCUGAAAUUGGGUUCCAGCAAAUGUCUAUCUGACAGUGCUGUAGCUAAAUUUAAGGAGAAGAUUGCAUCAGUGUUUAAUUCAAUGCCAUGUCUGAAUAUAACAGAGUCAUAUAACAACUUUAGUCCCUCCGAAAUUGAUAAUCUUGUCGAUAGUGCUACAGGCUCACUACGAAGAACAUUAGAUUCUAUCGCUCCUAUAAAAAGGAAAUUAUUAAAACAUAGGAGACUAGCA